UAGUUAAAGCAACAGCUCGGAUUUUCAUCAAAUCAGAGAAUAUGAAUCGAGUAGCGGGGCUUCAAACUGGCUAACCCGCACCCGGUUAGAGCUUUUUAAAAAAUCAUCCUCUAAACAGACACGAAUAUAACACAGCAAGUCUCGCUCAAAAAACAGUAGAUUAUUAGAAUUUCAGAGAAGCGUUGGAAAGAUGUCGCGCAUUGCGGUGGUAACUGGAGCUAACAAAGGUAUUGGGUAUGCAAUCGUCAAGGGUCUAUGCCGUGAGUUUGAUGGGGUUGUUUACCUGACAUCAAGGAACGAGGAGCGAGGACAAGCCGCUGUUAAUAAACUGAAGAAGGAUGGUUUCAACCCAAAAUUUCAUCAGCUAGACAUCACGGACGAUUCCAGUGUUGAAAGAUUUAGAGAAUAUUUGAAAGAAACCCAUGGAGGACUCGACGUUCUUGUAAACAACGGCGGCAUAUCAUUCAUGUUUGAUGCCCCAGAAACGUUUCCGCAACGAGUAGCCGAGACACUCAGAGUCAACUACUUCGGCCUCCUGAGAAUUUGCAAGGCUCUAUUUCCACUCCUAAGGCCACACUCCAGGGUUGUUCAGGUGUCCAGCAGUGUUGGGCACUUGUGUAAAAUACAGGGAGCUGAGUUGAAGGCUCGGCUUGCUAGUCGCGAACUCACAGAGGAGGAGCUCACACAAAUGAUGAGGAAUUUUGUCGACGCAGCAGCAAUGAAUACUCACAAGGAGGCUGGAUGGCCGAAUAGUUCAUACACGGUGAGCAAAGUCGGCGUUUCUGCGCUGAGUCGCAUUCAGCAAAGGGCGUUCGAUAAGGAUCCUCGUGAAGACAUUGUUGUGAAUGCGGUUCAUCCGGGAUCCGUGAUCACCGACAUGUCUGGCAAGUUGGGAACUAUGACACCCGAAAGAGGUGCCCAGGCCCCGCUGUACCUGGCUCUGUUACCAAAGUAUACGGAGAUCAAGGGAGAAUACGUUUGGCAUGACAAUACUGUCAUGGAUUGGGUAAACGGCGAAGUAAAAACCUUCAGGCCCGAUUCGCCUAAUUUAUACUGAUCUUGAACAUGAGGAUAGAAAAACAUCACCCACAGAAUUUGAGCGGUGCUGAAAACUUCAUAAUUGUUUUAUAAAAUGGAACAAAACAAAAUACAGUUAUGCUACAUUGAAAGAUGUUUCUUUGUUCUUUUAUCUCACAUUGCGGUUCCCUCAAAAUUGAAAAAGAGGAAAAAAAUUAAACAUCAAUUAACAUCAAUUAACAUCAAAGCAUUCAAGAGAAAUAUAUAGAGAAUACAGAUAUUAUUUCAUUUCAUACAUUUAUUAUAUUAAUUAUUAUUAUUGUAACUAUUAUUAUUUUGUGUUUUUACAGUACCUAUGCACGAAAUACAUAACAAUAAUAAUGAUAAUAAUAAUAGUAAUAAUAAUGAUGAUGAUGAUGAUUAUUGCUCGCCAUUCAAAUACGGUUUUUUUUAAUAUAUAUAAUAUGCAAAUCACCCGCUUCACCCAUAGACUAAAAUAUUAUAUAACAAACAAUGAAAACGUAGGUAACUACCAAUAAAUACUUAGGAGCGUACAAAUUGGUAAUACUAUCGUAUAGCUUCAACAUCUUCCUUCGUUUCAAUGAACACCCUCUUAUUGGUAACGUUUGUGAUAUUUGACUUAAGUUACAAGGUAUGUUGUGCUACGUUAUGUUUUAUGUAUGAGUAUGCACGUGAAUAGAAUGAGAAGAUGAGCAGAGACAAGAAUCAACAAAGAAUGAGAAAACAAAAA